AUGACCGUUAAUUGGUUUGGUCCUCAAACUCCUAGAAGGGCAUACUUGCAUGUGGGCGAACAGAGUUCAAUUUUCCAUGGGUCCCUUGUCGUGCGUAGAGGUUAUGAGCUUUCUGCCACCAGCUGCGUUUUCAUUCAAGCUCAAACUUGCAGGAAAUGGUCUGCACCUGCUAAGGGGAGCUGCUGGACUUUAUGUAUGGAGGAAUUCUUGCCGGAUAAUGGGAGGAAGUUGUCGGUCGAAAAAUAUCAGAAAUUAAUGGUCGGGAUCACUCGGAGGUUGAGUGGAGUCGUCCGAAGGCCGGGUGGAGUCGUCGCCGGUCUCGGGAAUGGCGAGAUGAACUACCACCAUGGUGAAAAUGUUGUAUGA